GGGUCAGCAGGGGAAAGUGACUCGCUCUUAUCUCCCGGUGUAGCUGGCAGGGAAGCAGAGGACAUCGUCAGCUGGCUGAAGAAACGCACGGGCCCAGCCGCCGCUACCCUGAGCGACGCGGCUGCGGCGGCGGAGCUGGUGGACUCCAGUGAAGUUGUGGUGAUUGGCUUCUUCAAGGAUUUGACAUCAGAGGCUGCAAAGGAGUUCCUGUUGGCAGCAGAAGCCGUGGAUGAUAUUCCUUUUGGGAUUUCCUCCAGUGCUGAUGUCUUCUCCAAGUACCAGCUUAGCAAGGAUGGUGUUGUCCUCUUCAAGAAGUUUGAUGAAGGCCGAAACAACUUUGAAGGGGAUAUCACAAAAGAUAAUCUGCUGAACUUCAUCAAGUCUAAUUCAUUGCCUCUGGUCAUAGAGUUCACUGAGCAGACUGCUCCUAAAAUCUUUGGAGGAGAGAUCAAGACUCAUAUUCUGCUGUUCCUACCAAAAAGCGUGUCUGACUAUCAAGGGAAGCUGGACAACUUCAAGAGUGCAGCUGGGAACUUCAAAGGGAAGAUCCUGUUCAUCUUCAUAGACAGUGACCACAGUGACAACCAGAGGAUUUUGGAGUUCUUUGGCCUAAAGAAGGAAGAGUGCCCAGCUGUACGUCUGAUCACCCUGGAGGAAGAGAUGACCAAAUACAAACCUGAAUCUGAUGAGCUGACAGCAGACAAGAUCAAAGAGUUCUGUAACAAGUUCCUGGAGGGCAAGAUCAAGCCCCACCUGAUGAGUCAAGAUCUUCCUGAAGACUGGGAUAAGCAGCCUGUCAAAGUUCUGGUUGGGAAGAACUUUGAAGAAGUAGCUUUUGAUGAGAAUAAGAAUGUCUUCGUAGAGUUCUAUGCCCCAUGGUGUGGUCACUGCAAGCAGCUGGCUCCAAUCUGGGACAAGCUGGGAGAGACCUACAGGGACCAUGAGAACAUUGUCAUUGCCAAGAUGGACUCGACAGCUAAUGAAGUGGAGGCGGUGAAAAUCCACAGCUUCCCCACACUCAAGUUCUUCCCUGCAGGCUCUGGCAGAAAUGUCAUUGACUAUAACGGGGAGAGGACGUUAGAAGGCUUCAAAAAAUUCCUGGAGAGCGGAGGUCAGGACGGGGCAGCAGCUGAUGAUGAUCUGGAGGACCUGGAGACAGAUGAAGAGACGGACCUUGAGGAAGGUGAUGAGGAUGAGCAGAAACUCCAGAAGGAUGAAUUGUAAAGAGAAGACUGAUCUACAUCACCCAAAAAAUCAGACACUAAAUUGGCUGCUGUGAUGCAGCCAGGGAGUCAGAAACCCAUUAAGAUUUAAAGCAGAAGGUGAAUGACUGGAAAUCCAGGGAUUGGCUUUUAAAGUAACACUUUACCCUCACUUGUCUGUACACUUGACUUUUCUUUCUUUUGGCUUUUGAGAAGGGAGCUGUCACUAGGGAGCCAGCCCAGCCAGCUGGGCUCUUUUUUUUUUUAUUGUGAUGUACUUUUUUGUACACAGCUUUUGUCUGGAGUAUUCUGUUCUUCUGGGCAGCAGGAGGUUGUGAGGUGUUACCAGGAGUUCAGUGGCCUGACAGUCUGGAGCCUUGCCACUAACAUCUUCCAAGAAAGCUUUUUUCUUUUUCUCUUUUAAAACUAAAGCCCAUAAUUGAUUUCUGCACCUGGCAGGGUCCGUAAUAGCCUCAGCUGUUCUUCCCUGGGGUGGGCCUUCAGUAUUUGUAGGGGCAGAGGCAGAGGGCUGAUGGCUUCCUGGGGAAAGGUGUAUGUGAAGGUGCUUCUCUUCAUGGUGGCCAGAUGUUCCUUUCCCCUCUGCUUUAAGACACUUGGAGAUGACAAUUCCAAAUACCUGGAAGGGUGGAAUACUGUGUGCACUGGCUGUGGCAGGCUCUGAGGGUGGAGAUGGCCACUGGCUCACCAGCAGUGUCUCCAUCCUUUUGAUCAAAGGCAAGACUUGCGAUCCCUUUCUAUGAAUUAUUUUGGGAGGGCUGACCUGGCAGGUGGGUGGUGGGGGAGGGCCUGAUAAACAGAUCAAACAGGACAUUUGCAAUUAUUGGGGUUUGGAAACAUGACUGGGGGAGUGCCUCAAAGGCCUGAGCUGCAUCAGCCUGGUUCUUAGCAUUCUGCUACAAUAACAUUGGUUGGUACUGAAUUUGACGGCCAAAUAAAGUUGAGAUUUUAAUACUA